ACCGGUCACAGCUGUCGACAUCGAGUCAAGACAAUUGAGACGUAUGAGCGUCAUGUCAGACACUCCACCACCAUCCAACGGGAAUGAUCAUGGGAGGGACAGGACCCCAGAGCUAACUUCGAGACGCGACAAACGAAGUCGAGAUGACGAGGUAGAGGACCGAGAAAGAUCUUCACGACACAGACAUAGAAGACAUGAGAAUGCCGAGGAAGAAGCGCACUACAACGGAGAAAGACGACACCGUCAUCGUCACAGGGACGAUGAUAGAGAUGUGGAUCAAGACGACGAGAGGACAGAGAGGAAACGGAGGCAUCACCAUGAGGACGAGACGGAAGAAGAAAGGGAAGAAAGGCGUCGACGACGCAGAGAGAGGGAAGAGGCGAGAGAGAAUGGUGACGAAAGAGGACAUCGACACAGCAGUCGAAGAGAAGACGAUCGAGAACCCCGGGACCGUCAUGGGCGAGAUGAGGAGCGCAGAGACUCACGUUACCGGGAGCGAGAUAGGUCUAGAGAGUCUCACCGGUCUCAUCGAUCCCAUCGGUCGCGAGAUGUCGAUCGAGAAAGACCUUCCUUGGCAGUUCGAGAAAUGACCAGGGAAGAGAAGGAGGCUGAGAGGGAAAAGAGGGACAGGGAGAUGCAAGAAGAGAGACGAGAGGCUGCUCGAGCUCGUGACGAGCGCUUUGCGGAGAUGGAUCGCGAAAGAGAAAGAGAACGCAGAACGCGUCAAGGGUCUAAUGGAAGGCCUCCCUUCUCUCCUCGAGAUCGACCUCGUUCACCUCCCAGACGAGGGCAUUCUCCUUCUUACGAUGCUCCGCCCCCACCUAGAUCUCCUCCACCUCCCAAGGAUCCCGUCAAUCAGCUCCUGGACGAAGUAGAUUCCGAAUCUCGUUCUGUCUUUGUCUCUCAACUCGCCGCGAGGUUGACUUCCCGAGACUUGGGCAUGUUCUUCGAGGACAAAUUGGGUAGAGGAUCCGUACGAGACGCUCGCGUUGUCACUGAUAGAGUCUCUCGACGAUCUAAAGGUAUCGCGUAUGUCGAGCUGGAUGCCGUUGAGCUUGUGAAUAGGGCUCUCGCACUUUCCGGCACCGUUGUCAUGGGAAUUCCUAUCAGCAUCCAACUCACUGAAGCAGAACGAAACCGGCAGGGUCAAGUUGCGGCCGCUCUCGCUGCAGGAGUUACGGCGACCAGUCUUGCCGCUUCUCGCGAUGUGCCUAGACCAGCCACGACCUACCAACAAUCAUUCCCACCGUUGAGCACUGGUUUGAGAGUCCCACACGGUGUUGAAGUCGAUGCGCACAAAGAUGCUUCUAUACCCUAUCACAGAUUGUUCGUUUCGAACCUCGCUACGAGCUUGUCUUCGGAUGACCUGGGCCAAGUCUUUGAAGCUUUCGGAGAGAUUGAAUUCGUAGACCUGCAUUACAGCUUUUCGGGUGAGAGUAAGGGCACGGCCUAUGUACAAUUCAAGGACCUCCGCUCAGCACAGAUGGCGCUCGAUGCGAUGAACGGAUUCGAGCUUGCGGGUCGGACGAUCCGCGUUCAAAGCGUUCAAGAGAGAGCCUACGUCGCGGAGCAAAUUGAGGAUUCUGGCUACACUACGAGACUUGAUGCCACGCAACGUCAACAGCUCAUGUUCAAGCUUGCCAGGACAGAACCGAAUGUCAAUUUAUCGUUGUCUGCUCCAAAGUCUUCGACACCUGCUCCAAGCAAGUCAUCCUCUUCCAAUCCCACUCUCUUCCUGUCUGUCAGCAACAUGUUCAAUCCUGAAGAAGAAACUGAACGCAACUGGGACCUGGACCUCGCAGAGGAUGUCAAGGGUGAAGUAGAAUCUAAAUAUGGCAAGCUCAGGCGAAUCAAGGUCGACAAGAUGUCUGCAGGAGAUGUGUACCUCGAGUUCGAAAACCUUGGAGACGCGAAAGCAGCUGCAAAAGGUCUGGGAGGACGAUUCUUUGGUGGACGACAACUUCAAGCGACUUUCAUCUCUGAAGCGUUGUUCAAGGCUCACAUGUGAUCGACCUGCUACUAUUUUCACAGAUCUCUAAACACCGAAGAUAUGGCGUUGAUCAACCUUCUGGGCUCCUGCUUGCAGUACAGGGUUUCUUGCCUUUCGAGUCAGAAUACUUCCGUUCCCUGUUUCUCCCUUCAUUGUGGCUUGUUCUCACGCUCUCACUCCAGGUCGAUCUCUCGAUGGUCGAGGAAUGGAGUCAAAGAUUGAGAGCAGGCAAGUCGCUUUUCCUCUUUUCCCCUCAGCUUUGUCUGCUAUUCACGCCUCAAAAAAAAUGGUGCAUGCAUUCACGUCUUUC